AUACAUUUCUCUCUGGCUUGAAGAUCAACUCCAGAGUAUGUAAUGCAAAAGUUCUAAAACUGUUUCCUUCUCACCAUUAGUUGUUUGAGUUCGUUUUGGGCCAUCUCGACUUGUAGAACUAAAUGGGCAAUGUUCGGAUUCUAGCUUUAUACAUCACAAUAUGCGUGCUCGCUUUUGUCACCUCGAAGAUUAUCAUAGCAGUUCUCUGCUAUCGACGAUGGCAAAGAAGGCAUAUGGUUGUUCAAGACAGUUUCUCAGGUGGGAAACUGGUGAUGUUUAGAUCACCAAAGAUGAAAUCCUUGAAAUCUAAUAUGCUUUUGAAGAAGACGAUGAAACUGAGCAACAAGGACAUUAUUGGAUCCGGAGGCUAUGGUACAGUUUAUAGAUUGAUGAUAAAUGAUUCCACAUCCUUUGCAGUGAAGAGACUGAAUAGGAUAAGUGCAGAGCAAGAUCGAGGUUUUGAGAGAGAGUUGGAGGCAAUGGGAGACAUAAAGCAUCGGAAUAUCGUUACUCUUCAUGGAUAUUACUCUUCCCCUCACUACAAUCUUCUAAUAUACGAGCUGAUGCCUAAUGGAAGCUUGGAUGCACUGCUCCAUGGAAGAUCGAUGAACAAGAUGGUUUUGGAUUGGCCUUCAAGAUACAAAAUAGCCAUAGGUGCUGCGCGGGGAUUAUCAUACCUUCAUCAUGACUGCAUCCCUCACAUAAUCCAUAGAGAUAUCAAGUCAAGCAAUAUACUUCUGGAUCAAAAUAUGGAGGCUCAAGUUUCUGAUUUCGGAUUAGCCACAUUGAUUGAACCAGAUAAGACACAUGUUUCAACACUAGUUGCUGGAACUUUUGGAUACUUAGCUCCCGAAUAUUUUGACACAGGAAGAGCAACAGCAAAAGGGGAUGUUUACAGCUUUGGUGUUGUUUUACUUGAGCUUCUAACAGGGAAGAAGCCAACGGAUGAAGCAUUUAUCGAGGAGGGAACCAAGCUUGUGACAUGGGUGAAAGCAGUGGUUCAAGACAAGAGAGGAGCGUAUGUACUUGAUAACAGCUUAGAAAGUUUUCCAGUUGAUGAAAUUAACCAUGUAUUUGGUAUUGCGUUGAUGUGCCUCGAGCCAGAGCCAUCCAAAAGGCCUACCAUGGCAGAGGUUCUAAAGAUGCUUGAGCAGAUAAAACCAGAUGAACUGUAA